AUGUCGGGUCCCGUACCCACCGUCCACAGCUCCGCAGAGACCUCCUCCGCGGGGCCUACACUAUUGCAUUCAAGGUUGGUAAUGGUUCCUCAAAUUGGUGACGCGAGCCCUGUUGCUAAUCACGACUUGCUUUCUUCCUCAGAAGCAGACAAGCAUUCCCAAGCUCCUCCUCCUCGACGUGAGGAAAUCGACCAGCCACUUCUGGAAGCCGAUGGUCGUGCGGCCACUGAAGACGAAGUGCGCGAUCUCCUCCACGUCGUCGACCGUGUUCCCGCGAGACUCUGGGUCGCUUGUCUAGCGGGUAUCCUGGAGCGCUUUGUCUGGUAUGGAGCGACAUCUCCUUUGCAAAACUAUGUGCAAAACCCGCCCGGGGGCCAGGUCCCUGGGGCAUUGGGUCUACGCCAGGCCGCUGCAUCGGAUAUUGUUAAUGCGCUCAUCAUCGGGUCCUACAUCACUCCCGUCCCGGCCGCCGUCAUUGCCGAUAGCUGGUUGGGCCGCUAUAAAACCAUGCUAUAUGCCGCUAUUAUUGAGUCCAUUGGGGCGACGAUUCUAUUCGCGACUUCUUUUCCUGCUGCUGUUGAAAAUGGGACUGCUUUGGGCGGAGUUAUCACGGCUUGUGUGCUACUAGCUGUGGGUUCAGGGGCGUUCAAGACUACCGUGGUUCCCUUUAUCGCCGAUCAAUAUGACGGGGUAGAUUUUCAGUUCCGCGUUCAGGAAACGGGAGAAAAGGUCGUCGCCAGUCGCGCCUUAACUAUCACAUAUAUUUACAAUGCGUUCUACUGGGCUGUAAACGUGGUGGGCUUCUUCGCUGAUUCCACACCACUUCUAGAAAAGUACGUGGGCUUCUGGGCCGCGUAUUUGAUUCCAUGCUGUUUCAUGUGGCUGGCCUUGAUUCCGAUUCUGCUUGGUCGCAACUACUUUGUUCGCACAUUACCAACCAGUAACAUCAUGUCAGAGGUGGUAGCUGCCUUGCGGUGCGGUAUCGCCGGCGGCUUUCGCAUGGAUGCCGCAAAGCCCGACGCGCAACUACAGCAAGGUCGACAGGUCUCCUGGAACGACUCGUUUAUCGAGGACAUUAAACGAAGCCUUCUAACCUGUCGAGUAUUGCUCCUCUUCCCCAUCCACUGGCUCUGCUACAACCAGACCUUCAACAACCUGAUCUCCCAGGCGGGCCAGAUGGUCACCUACGGCAUCCCGAACGACAUGAUGAAGAUCGCCGGCGCCAUCUGCGGCAUCCUCGUCGCCCCCAUCAUCCAAAAGGGGCUGUACCCCUUCCUCACCAAGAACCAGAUCUCGUUCAGCCCGAUCGCACGCAUGACAGCUGGCUUCGCCAUCCUAACCCUGUCCAUGGCCUACACGGCUCUAGUGCAGAAGCUCAUCUACCAAGCCGGGCCAUGCUACGACACGCCCCUCGCGUGUCCCGACGCACACGGCCGCGCGGUGCCCAACCAGGUCUCGGUCUUCCUGCAGAUCCCGUCCUACGCCGGCGGCGCGCUCGCCGAGGUCUUCUGCCUGACCACCGGCACCGAGUACGCGUAUAGCCAUGCGCCCGGGCGCAUGAAGACGCUGGUGCAGGCUGUUUGGCUCGCGAUGGCGGGUGUUGGGUCGGGCUUGGCGAUCGCGUUCACGCCGCUGGCGAGGGAUCCGCACCUGGUUACGAUGUAUGCUGUUUUGUCUGGAUUGUUGGGGGUUGCGUCGGUCUUGCUGUGGGUGGUCUUUCGGCGUGUGGACGAGGUUGAGGAGGAGAGUGAGUAAUGAAAUCGUUUACAUGAUCGGUUGGUUGGGGGAUACUUAGUCGAACGCGAAGGGUGUGUGGGAUGGCUGAGAGGUUAGGGGUAGGAGGGUAGAGGGAAGGGUUGGAAGGUAGAUGUCUUACAUAAGUUGGAUUUACAUGCGUGUAGGCUGAAACAUGGCGACAUUACUAGGUACACGAGAUCGCGAAUAAACACUUUUUUGGAGUAUAGCCUUACUUACCUAUCUACAAUACCUCGAUAAUAUUAUUCAUCGAUUCCAU